AUGGCAGACGCUUUAGAGCACUUAGUUGUCGAUGGAAAUGAUGUAUUAGAACUAAAAUUAGUUAGAUCGGCUGAAGAUAUUGAAAAUGAUGAUACAACUUUUGGCCCUGAAAUGUGUCAUCAAGUUUUUGGAGACAACGAAAAUAUUUUUGGGUAUACAGACCUAAGAAUUCAACUGUACUACACUGCAGGAAGUCUGAAGACAUACCUAGGAAUUUCAUACACAGAUAAGAUAGAGCCAAAUAAUUCAGAAAAAAUCAAAGCAGAUGAUGUUGAAGGAGCUUUAAAAAAGGUUCUGGCACCAGGCUAUGUCACAAACUUAGACAUCUUUGUAUCAAUGCUAGAAAAGGAUAAAUUGUUCACUCCAUAUGGAAAUCUUAUUCAUUCUUUUACAACCCAACCUUAUGAUGGUGGAGAAAGUAGAACAUUUGAAGUAUAUUAUUCUGAAGUAUCAACACAAGGAUUUUUAGAUUACCAUGAGCGUCUACAGACCUUUUUACUUUGGUAUGUAGAUGCGGCCUCCUUCAUAGAUGUUGAUGAUGAUCAAUGGACUUUCUUCACUGUAUACGAAAAGUUCCAUACGAGCGAGGGCGGAGCGCGAUACGCGUCGGCGGCGUACGCCACGGUGUACCGCUACUACGCGUACCCCACGCACACGCGCCCACGCGUCUCGCAGGUGCUCACGCUGCCGCCCUUCAGGAAACUCGGCAUCUGUGCCAACUUGUUGCAGGCAAUCUAUUCACAUUUUAUUAUUCAAGCUGAGGUUAUUGAUAUAACGGUGGAGGACCCUUCCCAAGAUUUUCAACGGAUUCGAGAUUAUGUUGAUGCUAAAAAUUGUGAAUCUCUAGCGGCGUUUCAACCUGAAAAAUUAACACAGGGUUUCACUGCAGAAAUGGCGAAUCAAGCGCGCGCCAAGUUUAAAAUUAACAAGAAGCAAGCGCGGCGCGUGUACGAGAUUCUGCGUCUAAAGAGCACAAACACUUCAGACAAGGCUGGCUAUUUAAAUUAUAGAUUAGAUGUUAAGAAUCGGCUCAAUGCACCAUUCCAAAAAAAGAAGCUGGAAAUGAAGAAGUUGCAGAAAGUGUUAAAGCCCGAAGAAUAUGCAGCCACCCUCACCUCCAGCGGGCUGCCCGAGACGCAGGCGCGUCUGUCUGCACACUACCUCUCCCUGGAGUCCGAGUACCGGCGCGUCAUACAUAGAAUGGAGCAAGAUUGU